GGCCGACUGGUGAAUGUGGCGACCCAACCGGAUGUUACCAAUUUAGUCAUCCGGGCAGCUGAGAGGACGUUUAGCAUUGUAGCUAAUGCUGUCAAAAUAGACAAAAUCGUAGUAUUUUAUGAAUCUUUUCACAUAGUGGAUCCAAAACUUUGAAGAGUAACAAUGAUUAAGGCCAUUUUGAUAUUUAACAACCACGGGAAACCGAGGCUGAUUCGAUUCUAUCAGUAUUUUGCAGAGGACAUGCAGCAGCAGAUCAUUCGAGAGACUUUCCAUCUGGUUUCGAAGAGAGACGAUAAUGUCUGUAACUUCCUGGAGGGUGGAAGUCUCAUCGGUGGCUCCGACUACAAGCUGAUCUACCGACACUAUGCGACUCUCUACUUUGUCUUCUGUGUGGACUCAUCUGAGAGCGAGCUCGGCAUUCUGGACCUGAUCCAGGUGUUUGUGGAAACGCUGGAUAAAUGCUUUGAAAACGUCUGUGAGCUGGACCUCAUAUUCCACAUGGACAAGGUCCAUUAUAUCUUGCAGGAAGUGGUGAUGGGAGGCAUGGUGCUGGAGACCAACAUGAACGAGAUUGUGGCUCAGGUGGAGCUGCAGAACCGCAUGGAGAAGUCUGAGGGAGGUCUAUCAGCCGCUCCAGCUCGCGCCGUUUCUGCUGUGAAGAACAUGAACCUGCCGGAGAUUCCCCGCAACAUCAACAUCGGAGACAUCAAUAUCAAAGUCCCGAGCCUCUCCCCGUUCUGAGAAGCAUCCCAGCUGAGCUCUGCAGGGCCGAUGUACUACUGAUGUCUCCAUUUCUCUGCUGUCCCCGUCCGCCCAGCUCUGUAGCUAAGACUGAGAAAACAGAUUUUAUAUAUGUACUUCAGAACCACAGCAGCUCACUCUCCCCCUCAUUCCAGUCUUUUCAUGUACAAGAGAUAAGCUGCGGAUUGCUUUUGAGUUCUGCUGUAUGCAAAUAUAGUUACAAAGGAUUUGUACAAUGAUGUAAAAUUUGUCUCUAUAAAGCCACAAGAAGAAUUAAUAUAAGUAUCUUUACACUUUCUGUUAUUCUGUGUGUGUGUGUGUGUGUGUGUGUGUGUUGUGUAGCUGUCCUGUUGAUUUCCUGCUCUCUCCAAAAGAAAAAUGACCAUAGAUCCCGUGUGUAUUUUCCUGCACAACUCUUCCAGAUCCCUGACAUUCAUCACCGGUUGCUCUGUUCUGAAAACAUUCCCUCCUGUCUGAAGGAAUGAGCACAGUUCACUGUAAUAUGACCCUUUGGCUUCUGCAUCGGGCUAUAAUUACUUAAACACAUCUUUAUCUUCUGUUCCAGGCGGGUGUUCAUGCCAGCUGGGAUUAGACUCCUGUGCUUGGCUGCUGUCACAAUUUAUUUUCCCUUCUCUGUAAUAUAUUGUGUAUGUGGACAUCCUUGUGAUUUGUGAAUAAUGCGGUUGUUCCCCUGGGUGCAGCUUGUGCUCACUAUGGCAAAUGUAAAAGCUGUGUGAUUGAGGUCAUGAUACGAGCUUGCAAACAUCUGUUCAGAGAUGUGACAAACUUAUGUUGACCAAUCUUGCAGCGUGAUUAUGUCUCAUGGUUUUAUUUAGUGGUUUGAUAGAAUCAGACUCGUAUCCGAGCCAUAGUCUGCUGGUAGAUAAACCAUAAAAUCCUGUCAAGCCUCCAGAGGAAGGAAAUAUGUCUCCAUGUUAAAGACGCUCCCUGCCAAGAAAUUAAAAUGAAUGAAAAUACA